AUGGCCAAACCUACUGAAACCGAGGUAUCUCGUGUAAAUCAGGCCAUUAAAUACGCCCGAAGCCUCAAAAAGCCGAAUUUGUCCGCCAUUUCUAAGGAAUAUGGUGUUGAUUACAAGCUUCUUUGGAGACGUGUAAAACAGAACAUGAAGCCAAAAACAGAUGUUAAACCAUCGAAUUACGCCUUGAACGUACAGCAAGAAAAGGCUUUGGGGUAUUGGAUACAGGCUAUGGAUGCAGCUUUUAUACCCCCUACGCCAAAUAUUAUAGAACAAUGGGCUAAUGCUACCCUUGCUCGAUCAAAAACACCUGAUCGGACGGUCGGAAAAGACUGGGUUUAUCGUUAUAUUAAACGAUUUCCUGAUACAGAAAUGAAGCUUAGAAGGCAAAAGAUUGUUGAUUCAAAACGUCUGGGAGCGGCAGAUGUCUCAAUGUUAUAUCAUUGGUACGAUUUAUUAGCCAAAGCCCUAGAUGGCGUACACCCACGGUUAAUUUACAAUUUCGAUGAAACUGGCUUUCAUAUUGGACAAGGAAGAACUCAGCGAGUAUUUUCUAGCCGAAUGAAUAAAUCGCAACAGCUUGCAAGCAAUGAACACGGAGAAAGAGUUACAGUCGCAGAAUGUAUUGCUGCAGAUGGCUGGCGAAUGCAUCCCCUUAUUAUCUUCAAAGGCCAACAUCAUAUGGAGUCGUGGUAUGACCACAUUUUACCUGAUGAAUGGAUGACUGCAACUGCAGAGAAAGGCUAUAUUGUUGAUGAACUUGCUGUGCUUUGGAUACAAGAAUUUGACCGUGAAACACGUAAUCGUGUUAACAAAAAUGAGCAACGAAUUCUUUUGGUUGAUGGUUGUGGUUCACAUCUGACUUUUGAAUUUCUCAAUAUUGCAGAGAAAGCCAAUAUUAAGAUCUUUGGUUUCCCUCCAAAUAGGACCAAUUAUCUUCAACCUCUUGAUGGUAAACCAUUUCAAGCCUAUAAAGCUUAUUUCCGAUCGCAAAAUAACCUCAUUUCUCAAUGGGGGGGUGGCCAACUUGCUACAAAAUCAUCUUUUCUUCACGACCUUCUUACCUUCCGAGAUAAAGCUCUUACAUCCCGUAUCUGUCGGAAUGCCUUUAAAGAUCGUGGAAUCUACCCUCCAGAUGCAGAGAUAGUUUGCAAACCUCUCGAUAAUUCUCUUCCAGAGCCUCUAGAUCUAGAAAUCGAUCUACGGAAUGAGAAAACACUAUCUCCAGGGCCAGAUCUUUUAUCUUCAAGUCUUGAAAACACACCUUCAAAGACAUUUAAAGAUGUGGAAAAACGACAAAGACAUCUCUCUGGACUUCUUGAUCGAUCUAAUAUAACACCUAAAGAGAAAAAAACACUCUCACAGGUCUUAGAAGAGCAAGAAUUCUAUUUUAAUGCCUUAGCUAAUACCUCAGCUACUAUAGCUGAGAUGGCUAGAUUUAAAGCUCCACGGGAGAAAAAAAUUACCAAAAGGCAUAUUUUAGGCCUUAGAGAUGACGGAAUGAUUCGUGUUAAAGAUGCAAAACGUAGUAUUGCUGCCAGGCAUACUAAGGAAGCUGAAAAAGAGGAAAAACGACUUGCGAGGGAGUGGAAGAAAAACCAUCCUAAUUCUACCACACCAUUCAGAUCGGAGGCUGAAAAGGAUGCAGAGGCUGAGCCGUUAUAUAACGAGACAGGAGAGGUUAUUGGUUUUUUUGAUAAAUUCUAA